AUGGAUCUCUACAAAGCUGCAACAGUGGGGCAGGAAGACAAAGUGAGACUACUUCUUGAGAAAGGCGCGGACGUCAACGCUCAAGGUGGCGAGUAUGGGAAUGCUCUCCAGGCCGCCGUAUGGAGAGGGCACACCGAAAUCGUGAAACUACUUCUUAAGAAAGGCGCGGACGUCAACGCUCAAGGAGGCGAGUAUGGAAAUGCUCUCCAGGCCGCCGUAUGGAGAGGGCACACCGAAAUCGUGAAACUACUUCUUGAGAAAGGCGCGGACGUCAACGCUCAAGGAGGCGAGUAUGGAAAUGCUCUCCAGGCCGCCGCUGCCGCAGGUAAAGAGCGGCCCGAAAUCGUGAAACUACUUCUUGGAAAAGGCGCGGACGUCAACGCCCAAAGCGGCAUAUUUGGAAAUGCUCUCCAGGCCGCCGUAUGGAGUGGACACACAGAAAUCGUAAAACUACUUCUUGAGAAAGGCGCGGACGUCAACGCUCAAGGUGGCGAGUAUGGAAAUGCUCUCCAGGCCGCCGCAUGGGAGGGGUAUACCGAAAUCGUGAAACUACUUCUUGAGAAAGGCGCGGACGUCAACAUCCAAUGCGGCAAGUUUGGAAAUGCUCUCCAAGCCGCCGCUGCCGCAUGGGAGGGGCAUUCCGAAAUCGUGAAAAUACUUCUUGCAAAAGGCGCGGACGUCAACGCUCAAGGUGGCGAGUAUGGGAAUGCUCUCCAGGCCACCGCAUGGAGUGGACACACAGAAAUCAUGAAACUACUUCUUGAGAAAGGCGCGGACGUCAACGCUCAAGGUGGCGAGUAUGGAAAUGCUCUCCAGGCCGCCGCAUGGGAGGGGUAUACCGAAAUCGUGAAACUACUUCUUGAGAAAGGCGCGGACGUCAACGCUCAAGGAGGCCUGUAUGGAAAUGCUCUCCAGGCCGCCGCAUUGGAGGGACAUUCCGAAGCCGUGAAACUACUGCUUCAGAAAGGCGCGGACGUCAACGCUCAAGGAGGCCUGUAUGGAAAUGCUCUCCAGGCCGCCGCAUGGAGUGGACACACCGGAAUCAUGAAACUACUUCUUGAGAAAGGCGCGGACGUCAACGCUCAAGGUGGCAGGUAUGGGAAUGCUCUCCAGGCCGCCGCUGCCGCAGGGAAAGAGCGGCCCGAAGUCGUGAAACUACUUCUUGAGAAAGGCGCGGACGUCAAAGCUCAAGGUGGCAGGUAUGGGAAUGCUCUCCAGAGCGCUGCAUGGAGAGGGCACACCGAAGUCAUGAAACUACUUCUUGAGAAAGGCGCGGACGUCAACGCUCAAGGAGGCCUGUAUGGAAAUGCUCUCCAGGCCGCCGUGUGGAGUGAACACACUGAAAUCAUAAAACUACUUCUUCAGAGAGGCGCGGACGUCAACGCUCAAGGAGGCGAGUAUGGAAAUGCUCUCCAGGCUGCAGCAUUCAGGGGACAUUCCGAAAUCGUGAAACUACUUCUUCAGAGAGGCGCGGACGUCAACGCUCAAGGUGGCAGCUAUGGAAAUGCUCUCCAGGCCGCCUCAUUGAGGGGACAUUCCGAAGUCGUGAAAAUACUGCUUCAGAAAGGCGCGGACGUCAACGCUCAAGGAGGCGAGUACGGAAAUGCUCUCCAGGCUGCCGCAUCGGGGGGGCACACCGAAGCCGUGAAACUACUGCUUCAGAAAGGCGCGGACGUCAAAGCCCAAGGUGGCGAGUAUGGAAAUGCUCUCCAGGCUGCCGCAUCGGAGGGGCACACCGAAAUCCUGAUAUUAAUUCUUCAGAAAAAUGCGGGCGUUAACGCCCAAAGCAGCACAUUUGGAACUGCUCUCCAGGCCGCCGCAUGGGAGGGGCAUUCUGAAAUCGUGAAACUACUUCUUGAGAAAGGCGCGGACGUCAACGCUCAAGGUGGCGAGUAUGGAAAUGCUCUCCAGGCCGCCGCAUGGGAGGGGCAUUCCGAAAUCGUGGAACUACUUCUUGAGAAAGGCGCGGACGUCAACGCCCAAGACAGCACAUUUGGAACUGCUCUCCAGGUCGCCGCAUCGAAAGGGCAGACAAAGACCAUGCUAAUACUUCUUGCGAAAGGCGCAGAUAUCAACGCGCAGGGUGGUAGCGAAGGGCGGACGCCGCUUCAUCUUGCGGUAGAGGCAAGCUCUGUAUCCACCGUUGCUCAACUUCUCGAACAAGGUGCCCUUACCAAUAGACGAGAUUUCGGCGAUUUAAAUCCACUUCAACUUGCGGCUCAAAAGGGGGAGUAUCGAAUUGCGCUACUACUUCUUUCCAGAAGCACUGACAGUCUAAGCUUCGUGAAGGCUUCCACGUGGAGGACUCUCUUGCCCAGUUCUCCGGGCCACCUUGAAAUGGUCAUCGGUGACUCUACGACUAUUACGAAGACGCUGGAAGGCGACAUCACGAACAGGGGCUAUCCCUUUUCUCAGAAGAUUAUGGAAUUUGCUGCAAGGGCUGAUGAUUUCAUGGGAGCGGACAUUGGCUCCAGACGUAUUUUCCUCGAAAAGACUUAUGGCAUUCUAUGGAUUAUGACCAAACGUCAGGACACGACGGCCUCGGAGAGUGCUCUAGAAUCCAGAAUAUUUUUCAGCACCUCCGAAUACGCACAAGUGCCCCCUUGUGCCACUGACCUUUUCGCUCCCCUGGCUCAGCAACUCUGGGAAGAGUGGGAUCGUACCUUUCAGGCAGCGGAAGGUCGUUUGGCAAUAAAGCGCACAGAGUUGCUAGGGGCGAAUGGAAGGAACCCGCACUUAAUUCGAGACCUGCUGGGCGAUGCCCAACUAUGGGAUCUGCUGAGAAGGAGCUGCAACAAGCAAAUUUCCGAGCUCAUGGCAUUUUCGAACAGCUACGAAUUCAAUCUUACGUCAAUCUCGGAAGCACAAAAGUCAGCAUCGACAAACAAAAGCAUGAAGCGCCUUAGUUGGAUUACGUUUGUUUUCCUCCCGCUGAUGUUCAUCGCGAGUCUCUUUGGUAUGAACGUCGAUAUCUUGGCGUCCAACCCACCUUGGUGGUUUUAUAUCCUUUUUGCCGUGGUUACUACGUUGUUGACGCUGGCGGUGUGGUUGAUUUUCAAGCAUAACAGUGAUGUUGGUCUGACCUAA